AUAGAUCACUUAAACUAUGACAGAAAAAUACUUUACUUUGUUACCUCUCCAAAUCUUAACAUUGUUGUUAGAAACUAUGGUUGAAAGGCUUUACAAAACAGUCCACUGGGCGAGAGGGUCGGUUACAGUUGUGUUUCUAAUCUUGAUCAGGUCAUAACCUAGCCUGGUGAGGUCUGUAGGAGGGCAAAGGGGAAAAAAGAUGCACAAAAUGAGUGGAUAAGCUUGUCUCUGCUACUGUGUAGAAGGAAAGAAUGUUACACGUGAUGCACAUUCGGCUGCGUUAGAACACAUGUCACCAAAAAACGUUCUUUAUGGGUCGAUUGGCAAUGUCUGUGGACUUGUCAGUGACUAAAAAAUGUUUUGAUAGCACUUGUGCUCAAGGAUGUAAAUCAGAGUCAGGCCACGACAACGAUACACAGGAUUACACAGGGCCUGCAUGCAGUGCUAUGCUUCCUUGUGUUUAACACUCGCACACUCCCUCAAUCCUCUUACUUUCGUCACCGCCAUUGUCCAGACAACAAUGAAGACCAGAAAAGUUCAGCUGUUCUUUUUACUCAUUCUUCUAGUGAUUAUACUUGUUGCUCUUGUGACCUACACUGACAUCACAGGUAUUCACGUGACUUGGUUGUCUUCUCUAACACCAGAAAAUAAAGGUCAUACCGUGAGUGUGAAAUACGACAAUGAAACAAUGAGCCUGUAUCUUCAAAGAUAUGAAGUUUUGAAUGCAGCCAAGGGGCAUUUUGCCAGCAGGAUUUGUGACAAUAAAGAUCCCGGACCCUGUGUGGAUCCUGCUUGUAACACGACCUUCCUGCCGCCCAGGGCGAGACUACAGCGUCUUGUGAGCACCCAGUACAACGUCAGCUCCCGCCAUCUUGAGGUGCUGCGCUCCUUGGGGGCCCGGGUGCCGCCCGCCGACCUCGUCUUCCUCACGGCGGCCUCAGAGGACCAUUUUGAUGAGAGUCAGGGUGUCAUCAGGGACCUGCAUGAAAAGGUCUUUCCCUGGCUCACCAACAACACCAACUAUUCUUAUAACUUGAUCUACUAUGACCUGGGACUCGCCAACAAAAGCCUGGCGCUGCUCACUAAGUACUGCAGAUGUCACGUGCUGAGUUUCCCAUUCCAGUCGCUACCUGAAGUCUUCAAGAAUCUCAAAACGUACCAGUGGAAGCCCGUGAUUGUGAAGGCGCACAGCCCGCACUCCAAGAUACUGAUGUGGAUGGAUGCUUCGAUCCGCUUCAAGUCCGGGAAUGUCAGCCUCGUCAUCAAGCGUGUCAUGGCCGACGGAUUUUUCAUGAAACACGCGAUCCACAUGAUGCCAAGACACGUGAUGCCAGAGAUGCUGCAGUAUUUUCACACUGAAGCCUGUCUCCUCGCCCCCUUCUAUGAGGCGGCAGCAUACUUCUUUGUAGUCAAGAACGAGCCGCUGAUGAGCAAAGUUGUACUGGAUCCUUGGGUCGCCUGUGCUUUUGCCCCGAGAUGUGUUUAUCCAGGUGAUGACUGGAGAAAACUCUUAGCUUGUCCUAGAGACAAAUCAGGCUAUAGUUUGUGUCACAGAUUUGACCAGGCGGCUCUAGGUGUGAUUCUUGUUACAUUGUUUGACUUUAAAUCGACACAGCUUGCAGUUCCUGUCAACAAUGUUUAUACUCAGAGAGGCAAUAGAGUAAAGUAUUUUCCUGACACACUUUAAAUAAUCUAUAUUUUCGGAGUUAUUUAUAAAACCUUUUAAGUAUUUUUCUUUAAAGCAGGAGAAUAUUCUUUUGUGUGAUCUUUGUCGAUUUGACUUAUUUAAAAAUU